GCUGGUCCGACAUUCCAAGCACACGUGUGGCUACGAAGAGAUUAAAGUUUGAAACGGAACAUAAAUCGACAUCACGUUGCUUCUGUAGUAUAUAUUUGGAUUAUUUAAGCCUGCUAAAGUGAUCCGGUUAAGCAACAUAUAAUUAACUGACGCUGAAGGCGGAAUAACUUGUGUGAAUUAGCAACCAUGUUCUUGCAGUAUUACCUCAACGAGAAUGGCGACAGAGUGUACACUCUUAAAAAAGCGGACCCUAACGGCCAGCCCACCAGUUCGGCACACCCGGCUCGCUUUUCCCCUGACGACAAGUUCUCUCGGCACCGAGUGACGAUAAAGAAACGUUUCGGACUGCUCCUCACACAACAACCAAGACCUGUGCUUUAAAACAUGAAUGGACAUACGCAUUGUAGAGGACUUGCAGACAAACCAGUCAUGGUUAAUGUGGUUGUGGUGUUUUUUUUUUUUUUUUUUUUUUAAUAUUUCUGUUUUUGUUCCUUCACUUGAACUGAAGCUGUAUUAGUAUGCCCAAGCUCAUCGGAAAACCAUCACAGUAUGAAUCAUGUGGAAAUUGGACUAUUUUGAACCGUUUAAAGAUGAAAACUGUGCUUAAUUAUUCAUUUAAUAAGCGUAACGGUAUAUUCUUUCUUCUUAAUAUUACAUUCCUGUCACCACAAAUGUUUUUUUUGUUUGUUUGUUUUGAGGAAUGUUGUAAUUGGAAGAAUAAAACAUGAACAUAUUUUGAAA